ACUAACUUUUUCCUUCGCGUGAAAUUCCUCAAGUUUGUGUCUUUUGUUUGUAUGUUUGAGCCGUGAGUAAACGAAUAUCUGGCGUGAUAACAGCCCAAAAAGAUAACGCCGCCAUGACACGGUGUCAGUAAGUGCGCAGACUGAGACGAAGGACAUUUGGACGGAUCUUGUGGACAUAUUUUCCACUUCUUUGAGGACAGAGGGAGUAAACUCCUGAUGGGAAGAAAGGGAAGGGGGAAGAUAACUAGGAGGAGUUGAAGAAGGAGUCGAGCUGACUGUUAUGUGGCAAAAAACUCUCAACUAUUUCCGCGACAACGCGAGCUCCGGAGCUGGUUUCUGACCUGAAGAAAGUGAGAUGGAGGGAGAGAAAGAGCGACAGCGGCAGCAGCGAGAGGAAAAGGAGAGCAACGAGGCAGAGGAUGACAGGAGGAGCGAUGAAGAUGCCGACAUUGACGAGGAGGAGGAGGACGAAGAUUCAGAGGGCGCCGCGCUGUCCUGGCAGGAAGGCUACGGCGAGGACAACCUGGGCCUUCCCAUCAUGCACUGGGAGGCGCUGAGCCUGCGCAUCGCUGAGCUGGAGAAGCAGGAGGAGGAGAAUAAGGAGAAGAGGGCAAAGAGCGGAGCCGGUCUGGAGCGAGGCAAAGCUCCUCUCAGCUGGAUGGAGGAGAGAGGGAGGAGAGCGGAGAGCUGGGAGGACGGAGACGACGCCUGCAACAGCCACGUGCUGGCGCUCACCUCCCGCCUGCAGACUCAGAUGAAUCUUCAGCUGUGCUUCAUCAACAACAGCGAGAGCGAGGAGGAGGAGGACGAGAAGGAGGGAGAUGUCAGCAAGAAGGAGAGCAGCAGCAGCACACGGAGAGGGACAGUUCAGGUCCAUAAGAAUCCUCCACCUCCUGCCAAGCCGGAGAAACCCAAAUCCAGAGGCUUCCGAAACACUCUGAGGAGCCUGCGAGACCGACUGAGAACAGACCACAAAGCUCUGGCUGCAGCUCGCAGCGCUCCUGUGGUCCAGAGGAGACACGUGGAGCGCAGUGAUCUACAGAACUUCAGCAUUAAGGACCUGAAGGCUCUGUGUUCGUCCCUCAGCCAGACCAUCCAAGACCUGAACUCAGACCUGGUGGGUCGCCUGCAGGUCCGAGACCAGCUGAGGACCGAGCAGGACGCCAUGUUGCUGGAGGUCCAGGAUCUGACCUCGCUGUGAACCCCAGCUGAGGUUCACCUGUCCAACAGCCAGGAGCGGUUACUAUCACACAAACAUUUGAAUGUUCACUGCUGUGAAUCACACGGCAUCACAGUGUCCCUCCUUGAACAUCUCAGUCAGUCCCUCGUGCUGUGGGUCUGACCAGCCAAUCACUGUGAAGAGUGUCACUUCCUGAAAGGAUGAGGACAUUCACAUGCUUAGUAUUUUUAAACUUACUGUCUUUUGUGUAUUUAUGAGGGACUUUUUGUCUCACUAUAGGACGGUGUCCCCCCCAGCAGUGGUUUAAAAACUCACAACCAGCAUAGUGAUGAUGUCAGAGCCGUACGGUACGGUCAAUCACUGAAAAUGGAGUCGGACAAAACAUCCAGGCGGUGGAUGGUGUUUUUUGGGAGAUUCACUUCUUUGCCUUUUUAUGCGUAGUCAGAUUAUAAGAUCAAUGUCAUCUGCACUGUGUCCACAGGAGACAAAGGACGGAGUCAUGCUAAACCCAGUUUAGCACAGAGACUGGAAGCAAGGCUGAAAAAACUUAGUGGUAGUAUCUCCAGAACUGAAAGACGAAGCCCUCGCAGAAGUGCCAAAACUACAGUUCCUCUAAUGGCCACUAGAGGCUGGCUUCAAAACGAGUCAAUCCACAUAGACCUCCAUGUUAAACUACCCAACUUAUCAGCAGAAAUAAACAUGUUUACAGUCUGGUACAAAAAUAGUUUCCAAAUAAAGUCAUUUCUAAUUUUAAAAAAAAACAAGCUGGCAGCAGCCAAAAUAGCAGUCCACAAAACAAAUAGGUAACCUUUAGGGGUUAAAAUUUUGUUCAGACUAUUUUGGGGAUUUAAAAGAUGUUGCAAUCUGUUAAGUAUUGUGAUAACAUAUAUUGCAUUUUAUUAUGAUUUAUUUCCUCUUUUUUUGCAACUACUAAUUAUGUCCCUAAAGGAAAACUUUGUCUACAUCUGUUUUAUCCAAAAAGAUGAAGUUUUCAGUGUGUUCAUCUCAAUUUAGUCAUUUUUACUGUAGCAAAACGUACCUUGUGGAUGGAAAAAAUUAAUUAUUUUAUUUUUCUAGUCGGCUACCAAAUGUUUAAUUUGUAUUUGUAAUAUUAAUUAUAUAUUAUGAAAUCAUAUAUUCAAAAAAUCCAUACUUGUAUCUGUUUAACGAUGCAAUAUUGCCAUGCAGUAUAUCAUGAUACUAUGCUGUAUUGAUUCCCCGCCAGUACCACCACACCCUUACUGACCUUUAUGGUGGUUGUUAAUUAUUUUUAUGCAGUUUAUGGAUAUAGUUUCCACCUUAACACACCAAGCUGUUCCACCCUGAGUCCAAACCAAAACUGGGAUGCAAAAAAUGGGACAUUUAUUUGACUGCAUUUUACACAUGAGAAAUGUGCAUCAAAUCAGAGUCAAAAUUGUGAACUUGUUUACUGUGUUCUUAUUAAUUUUCUUCUCGUGCAUUGGGUCAGCUUUGGAGUCUCUCAGGCAGUCUUAAUGACAUGCAGGAGUUUGAGUCAUGGGGUUGAUGAACAGUCAAGUUUUACAUUAACUGUACCUGGUUUUCUGCUGCUCCGUCUGUGUCCAGAGUACACUCUGCGCUCUGACAGUGUGGUGCAAUCAAUAACCGAACA